AUGAGGCCAACUCCAGUAAAUCAUAAGUGGAGCUUUUCACAAAGUGUACGCAACAAUGACAGAAAUAGAGGGUACCAAACUAAUCUGGUUGGUUGUUAUGAAGAUAUUCAAAAUUCAAAUAGUUCACUAGAAAUUCGUUCAACUUUAAACCUUAGUGAUAUUAACAACAAAGCAUGGAGUACUGCAUUAAUUCCCUUGAAAACUAUGGGAAUGACCUUUUUUAUGAUAUAUAUGAGUGGGAAUAAUGCAGGUAUUUUUGGUAUACUAAUAAUUGGUUAUGCAUUAACUAAUUCAAUUAAAAUCUUAUUCUCAGUACAGCAGCAUUUCCUACCAUUGCAAAAUAUUACUAAUAAAUCAUUUUUGUUUCAACGUAUCCUCUAUAUUUUGUACUCACUUGGUGGUAUUCUCUUUAUUUUAUAUAGGCUAAUAAAUAUGGGUCUUAUUCCUGUAAAUAGGGGUGACUUUAUCAACAAUCUUCCUAGCCACGAUUUUCCAUUAAGAAUAGGAUUUUAA